GUUACUGAAAGUGAGUGAGUCAGUGAGAUUAGGUUAUACUUUGGAAUGAAGGUUGAAAUUGGACUUUAAAUGCCAGAUAUUUUAUCUUUUCACUUAUGGGGAAAACAGACUUUAUAAUGCUAGAACUUUAUUUGUGACUGAGAAACAUAUGUGAGUAUAUAAAAUGUCAAACUGUGACCAUGUGAAGUGUUUCCCAGGUUGCCACAAAUAAUCUGUUAGAACUGCCAUUAUUAUUCAGUUCAUGUGUGCUGAGGUCUGAGACAGAGUUUUGACCUCUCUGUUGGCUUUGCUGUGUGUUUAUGGAUUAUUGCCUUGUAAAAAGAAGGAGAAUAGAGGUGUGUUUACUGUGGGAAUGUAAGCCUGUGCUCUCAGCUGGCUGAGGGAGCCUCCUGCUCCGGCUCCAGUGUUACCUGAGGCUGCCUGCCACAUCCACUGCUGACGUCAUCGGCGGCCGCCAUGUUAGCUCUGAGCGAGCCGAGAGGAAAGUGCGACCUGAAGCUAACUGUGAAGAAUUAAACCGCGCUCUCUAGCCAAACACCCAGCGAAUAUUUAGCCUAUUGGAUUUAAGAAGGAUUCGGUCAAGCUUUAUGUAUCAGACUUAAACUAAAAGACUCCAACCUCAGACUGGACUUUGUCUGGGAGGUUGUGUGAGUGUGUGUGUGAGUGUGUGUGUGUGUGUUUUUCUUCUUUCCUGUGUGCGGCUAAACACUAUGAGUUCGUUGACUCAGCGGAGUUCGGGCCUCGUGCAGAGGCGCACCGAGGCCUCGCGUAGCGCCGCCGCCGCCGACAGAGACAAGAGCGCGGGCAGCGAGGACGACGAGCACCGUCGAGACGAACAGGAGGACGACGACAGCGGCGACUCCAAAGAAACCCGACUGACCCUCAUGGAGGAAGUGCUGCUUCUGGGCUUGAAAGACCGCGAGGGCUACACUUCUUUCUGGAAUGACUGCAUAUCUUCAGGGCUGCGCGGCUGCAUGCUUAUUGAGCUCGCCUUACGAGGGAGGCUGCAGCUGGAGGCCUGUGGCAUGAGGAGGAAAAGCCUACUCGCCAGAAAGGUCAUUUGUAAAUCUGACGCUCCAACUGGUGAUGUGCUCCUGGAUGAAGCUCUGAAACAUAUUAAAGAGACCCAGCCACCAGAGACUGUACAGAGCUGGAUCGAGCUCCUUAGUGGCGAGACAUGGAACCCGCUGAAGCUCCACUACCAGCUGCGGAACGUGCGUGAACGCCUCGCCAAGAACCUGGUGGAGAAGGGCGUUCUCACCACAGAGAAGCAAAACUUCUUGCUGUUCGACAUGACGACACACCCGCUCACCAACAGCAACAUCAAGCAGCGCCUCAUCAAGAAGGUACAGGAAGCCGUGCUGGACAAGUGGGUGAACGACCCGCAGCGCAUGGACAAGCGUCUACUGGCGCUCAUCUUCCUGGCUCAUUCGUCCGACGUGCUGGAAAACGCAUUCGCGCCGCUGCUGGACGAGCAGUACGACCUGGCCAUGAAGAGGGUGCGGCAGCUGCUCGACCUCGAGCCUGAGGGUGAGAGCAUGAAGAGUAACGCCAACGAGCUGCUCUGGGCCGUUGUGGCUGCCUUCACCAAAUGAGGAUACACCUGUAAAGCACUAAAAACAAACAUUUGACUGGUUGCUGAAAAAAAAAAAAAAAAACAGGCAGAAAGGGUUGUAUCUGAAAUGAACGAAAACUCUCUACAGAGCUGUCUCAGUAACACACACCCCACCCCAUACUCCCCUUUCCUUGCCAAUAACUUGCUUCCCUUCUACAUUCUCUACACAGCCUUGAUCUGGCCAGAGGAAAGCAUGCCUGCCUUUUCCCCUCCUCCUUUCAUUCUUAUUUUGUCCAGUUAAAUGCAUGAGGGGUAUUCUCUUCCUGGACUGUCUGAACAUACCACAGGAGCAAUCUAUACCCUUUGCAUAACUGGACAAGUGGGCUUUUUUUUCUUUUUCUUAGUACUCUGCCCUUAAGGUAAUAUGGGUUUAAUUUCCUAUUAAUGCAAGUACAAAAAUUGCAGAGCAGAAAGUGAGUAUCCUCCCCCAUUUUAGAGCUAUAUUACUGUUUGAUUUUUUUUUUUUUCCUCCCCCUGAGAUUUUGAUGCAUACACUCAAUAAGAAUGAUGAUAAAAGAACUGGAGGGUUUGAGUCUGUGAUGUAUGGAAAAAGUCUCUGUGUUGAACAGUUUCAGAUUACUGUUCUCUACCAGACUUGGCGGUCUUGGUUCGAAGAUUGUGGAGCUCCAGUGAAACCACAGGAUUAUUAAGCACCAAAUACUCCCACUGGGGCACAGAUUAGCUCCAGACCUGUAGUGUUACAUCAGUGCAAUGGCGGUAAUGGCUCUUGGAAGUUUUUUUUCUUUUUUUUUUGUUUUUUUUUUUUUUUUGAGCAAACGAAACCAAGUUUGAUAAUGGAAUCAGCUCAUGGUGCAGGUAGGCGGACUGCAUUAUUCAGUCAGUGCAUCCAGCGUCAGUCAAACAUGGUGGAUCUCAAAGGCAGCCUCCUCAGCUGAUGUCUAGAGAGUGUGUGGAUGUUCCCAGGGUAAAAUUGAAGAAAAUAUUUGAUUAUGUAAAGCCCUCACUAUUCUUCACAAGUCGUUCCCUGGGAUUGACUAUUUCCAAAUUUUUAUUGAUCAGUAGCAUAAAGGGUUUAUAUUUUCCACUGUCGUGACCUUCACUAAUACUUUGAGCGCUACCUCUCAGACCUCUCACACUUCACCCUUUAUUGUUUUAACUGCCUCUCACUGGCUUCGUCACUUUAGCAUCAUUAAUCUACGGUUUUCUUAUACAUACGUGAAACCACCACUUUUAUGUGCCUAAUCUCGGUUACAUCACUCGUAACCUCCACGUUUCAAUAUGUACUGUAGCUGUUCCUCAACAUGACAUGACAUUCAUGAACGACUGAGCGAAUUGCUUUUAGAAUCCUAGAUUUGUCCCUAAUCUUAAAUUUUAUGUGUAAGGGGAAUGUCAGUGAUUUAGGCUUCAGUUUUUUUUCUUUCCUAUUCUUUGCAUAUGCUGUGUGAAGAAACGAUAAUUUGUUUCAUUUCUAUCUACCUGCCUCUGUAGAGUACUUUUAAAAUAUCACUGUCUUCCUUCAGACAGGAGCCCCAGCUAUCCACUAAAUCUAAACAACUGCUUUAUAUUAACAUUAGUUUUUAUUGUACGGUCAGAAAGAGGGGUUUAAAUAGAGUGUGCAAUGCGAAGUUUCAUGCCAGUAUCAAUGUUGCAAGAUGGUCUAUAAAACAGUUUGCUACUUUUCCCCAGUUUUCAUGUUUAUGUAUUCCUCUCUUACAAACUGAUUCAUGAAUAAUAAAAUAAAAACUCAAAUGACCAUUUUGAUUGAGACUCACAUUUAUGCUUUACUUGAUUUUUUUGUAACUGUCAUACCUGUUUAACUCUACUGUAUUUAUCUUUUGUUUUAGAGAUGAGAAUGGGGCAGAUUGCACAGAAGCUUAACAGCACAUUCCAGCUAAAUCUGUAGUUUUAUUUGUCAGCUAAUCCAAUAAGCAUCUAUAUUCUGAAAUGCUCUUUUUGUUCCCUAAAUUGAACAUUUUACUUUGCUUUUAAUGUUAACUGAAGAUGCCUUUGAUCAGACAUUUUCUGUUGAAUUUCAUGUUUCAUUACGUUUUCAUUUUCUGCUGCCAAAUUAUUGUUUUUUACUCAUUUUGGAAGCAAUAAUUUACAUGCUUGCUUCUGCUUUGUUUAUCAAUCAUGAUUAAUGCUUACCUUGCAGUACUUAGCUACUUCUAUACCUAUAUGUAGCGAAUACUUUUUGGGCAAAGAAAAUUGAAAUCAUGUGUAACUGUAGAGCCCAUCAUGAAGGGAUCCAUAUGUGUACACUUUCCUAUUACCAAAUAAAUGAAGGUAUUGGGAGUGCCUCAAAA